AUGGGAAUGGAACAUGAGGUGUCAAGGACAGUGGAGUGGAGUGCUUCUCUACCGGGUGAGCGUCGUAGCGCGUUUGCUGUUAGCUCGCGAUUGACAGGGCAGUUGACUUGGACGAGGCCUGAUGAGGGAUGGGUCAAGGUGAAUGUGGAUGGAGCGUUUAUAGAGGAUCGCGCUGCCGGUUUCUUGGUGGAGCUCACAGCAGUUGCUACAGCAGUGGAGUUAGUGAUGGGCUUGGAUCUUCCUCAUGUAGUAGUUGAGUCUGAUUCUAUGGAGGUUGUUCAAGGGCUCACUGAUCCUCAUGCUCCAUCUCAUCUGUAUGCUGAGAUUAUUCAGGGUGUCAUUCGUUCCAGAGAUGCUCAUGGUAGCAUGAGGUUCCAACACGUCUACAGAAAGGGCAAUGCCCUAGCUGAUUAUCUAGCCCAUGUGGCCCUUGCUUCCCCGCCAGGGGUUCACCAGCUGGAAUUCCCUAUAUGA